CGCUAACGCUGCUAAGAACAGAAUGUAGGGCACUAGGAGGCAAUUUGGGAUUUAGUCAGAGAUACAUGUGCGAACAUUGAGUGGACAAGGAAAGGUGAAUAUACCUGGUUAUUUGUGAGACAGGAUCCAAAUCAUUAAAGUGUGGCUCGUUGUUACUUUGUCGGAGCUGCCAAUGCUAGAUUUUACCAUCUUUAGCUAGCCGAGUUAGCCGUCGCUAACGCUAACGCUAACGACUUGUCAGAAUGCACGGCGUGAAGGUUGGGUGCUUUGGCUUGCUCGCUUCCAGACAGCUGCUAAGCCAAACCAAUUUGCUAUCCAGUUAUAUCCGUGGUGCAGGCUGUGCGCAAGACUUGUUUUAUAAUGUUGUUGGACGCCAAACAUCAACGGCGACGUCUGAACCGGUGAUAAUCCGCGUCCCGAGGCGCAUGCAAAACCGAAUAGACAAUGUGAAGCAGGUGAAACGCAAACACCUCGAUAAAGUGGCCACAGUAAAAGCCGGUAGACUGCUGAUCAAAAGCAAGAACCCACUACUGAAUCAAUAUGUCAGUUACACUCUGGGUAAAUUUGAAGAACCAGUCCUCACGUCGAAGGGGUGGAAGAAUAACAAGUCAUUUGGGGACUACUUUACCAUCAACAGCACCCAGAGUGCUCCUCCGUUCCUCCCUGAGCCUAAAGAGGAGACGAAACAGGAUGGACAUGGUCCCAGAAAAACAUUCAGCCACCUCCAUCUAUCGUCAGAGCUGGUCGAGACGCUGAGGAGUCACAAUAUCACUCAUCCCACGAUCGUGCAGUUGCAGACCAUUCCCAAACUGCUCCGGGGUCACAACAUCCUGUGUGCUGCUGAGACGGGCAGCGGAAAAACUCUCGCUUACCUCCUGCCCAUUAUCCACAGAUUACAUAAAGAGAUGAGACAGAUGGAGCUGGGGUCAGAGCAGAAGAUACAAGCGCUGGUCCUUGUGCCGUCCAGAGAGCUGGCCGAGCAGGUGACGUCAGUUGCACGGGACAUGAGCCAACCGUUUGGGUUAAAGGUUAAAGUUGUAGGUGGAGGAAGAGGAGUCGGGAGCAUCAAAGCAGCUUUCAGCUAUGGUCAGCCUGAUCUUCUGGUUGCUACACCUGGCGCCUUGCUGAAGGCUCUCUGGAGACGCUUUGUUGAUCUGAGCGAACUUCGUUUUAUCGUUGUAGAUGAAGCUGAUACGAUGUUUGACCCCAGUUUCGUCAACAUGCUUGAGAAGAUCCUCCGGCACACCCAGGUCGCUGCAAAUCUCUCUGAGAUAACCGGACCCACACCAAAAGCACAACUGGUGGUAGUGGGUGCCACUUUCCCUGGAGGAGUCGGCGAGCUGCUGGAUAAAGUGACCGAUCUGGGCAGCUUGGUGACUGUUAAGAGCCGGAUGUUGCAUUACUUGAUGCCGCAUGUCAAGCAGACCUUUGUGAAAGUGCGAGGCUCUGAGAAAAUUCUGGAGCUUAACCAAGCCUUGAAGGAGGCGGAGUCUGAUCGGAAAGGCGUUUUGGUGUUCUGCAACUCGGCUGCCACCGUCAACUGGCUUGGUUACACGCUGGAAGAGAUGGACCUCCGUCACACACGUCUUCAGGGAGAAAUGCCUGCCUCCAUGAGGGAAGGAAUCUUUCAGAGCUUCCAAAAAGGCCAUGUUGAUGUUUUGCUUUGUACCGAUAUUGCCUCACGAGGACUUGAUACACAAAGAGUGGGGUUGGUGAUUAACUAUGACUUCCCAGAAUCCCAUACAGACUACAUCCACCGUGCAGGCCGCGUAGGCAGGGCAGGAGCCUCAGGUGGAGGACACGUCCUAAGUUUUGUCACCCAUCCAUGGGAUGUAGAGCUGGUGCAGAGCAUCGAAACAGCAGCCAGGAGGAGAAUGUGUUUACCAGGAAUGGGGACAGAGAUCCAGAAACCAAGCAAAACAUUAUCACAGGAGAGCAAAUGAUAUUACACAAACUGAUUCUUACUGCUGUUUUUAUUUUUAUUAUUAUUUUUUUCCAGAAUACUCAUAGAAUAUGUUUAGGAACACCUUAUGUAAUAGAGUUGAGUGCAAAAGUUUGCACCCCCCUUAAUUGUUCAGUUAAAAGAUUAAUUUACUUCACAUGCUUAACAUUUAAAUAAAUAAAUAUUUAUUCUAGGAUGUUAAAAAUGAAAUCUUGUAACAAAGGCAACAACCAAAGGUACACAAAAAUCCACUUAAAAAGGAGUCCAUAUAUGGUUUUGAUUUAUGUAAUUAUUUUUAUAUUUGUCACUAAUAAAAUAUCUGAAUGUUAUAUUACUUAUUCAUUUUGUUACAUAUAAAAAAUAAAUACCAAUGAAACCUCA